UUGCAAGGAAAAAUUCGAUAUUGGACUUGAGGAUGAUCAAGAUGAAGGGGAACGUGAAAAAAUAAAAAAAUAAAGGAAAACAUACAUCAUGGGGUCUUUGAAUAAAAAAUACAGGAAUUAUCGUGCAAGACUGAAAGCUGAUUAUUAUGAUAUUGAGAGCACAGACGAGGAGAGGCUUAAAGAAGAAAACAGGCCACCAAAUGUUGACAAAGAUGACUGGGAAUGGCUUGUUGAGUACUUUGGAUCAGACGAGUUUAAGGGUAAGAGUACAAGAAAUACCGAAAAUCGAUCUUACCAAGAUGCCGGACACACUGCUGGUACAAAGAGUUUUGCUCAAAAAGUUGAAGACAUGUUCGAACGUGACAAAGUAAUGCCGACCAUGCUGAAAUUGUACGAGGAAACUCAUUCAAAAAAUGAUAAGACACCGGUUACUAAAGUGGCAAAAGAAACAAUGGUAAGAAAUGAAUGCUUUGAUAUAUAUACUAAUUGCUAA